GAAACUAUAACCUUCAAUACACUAACGGAGAAACUAAUGAAAGUGGCGGAAAUCUCAAUGAAACACUUCAAUUAAUUUAUCUCCUUUUCCGUUCAACACAAUUUCAUUCUCCAACUAAUCUCUUCAACCUCCUCUUCCAAUUCCAUUCUCUGCAUUCCCUCUCGCCUUAUCUCUCAUGGACUCCACGGCCGCCAUUCGAUCCUUCCACUAUCCCAUAGGCACUAUAUCCCAUCUGCGAUCCUCAAUUGAUAGGGCAUCUGUAGUUCCCUGCCAUAAAGUCAGAUGGAACUCUAGCAAUGGGCUUUUUCAGCCUUUGACGAAUGCCGAGAAGUGUGUCUACUCUCGUACCAGGGGUAAGAGGACACUGGUUCCGUGUGCAGAAGCAGUUGAAGCUAUCAACACAACCAAGUCUGAUGCUUCUUCAGACAGUACUCUGCAAAACUCAAUAGAGAAAAAGCCAUUGCAAACUGCUACUUUUCCUAGUGGAUUUGAGGCUUUGGUAUUAGAGGUGUGUGACGAGACUGAAAUCGCUGAACUGAAAUUAAAGGUUGGUGAGUUUGAGAUGCAUCUUAAGCGAAACAUUGGAGCAACAAAAGCUCCAUUGUCCAACAUUUCACCAACUAUUGCUCCAUCUAUUCCCAGUAAACCAAUGGACGAAACAGCACUAGCUGUCCCACAGCCAUUGCCACCAAAAUCAUCUCCAGGAGAAACCAAUCCAUUUGCAAAUGUUUCACCACAAAAGUCAUCAAAGUUGACAGCAUUGGAGGCUUCUGGUACCAAUACAUACGUGUUAGUAUCAUCUCCUUUGAUUGGUUCAUUCCGAAGAGGUAGAGUAAUUAAAGGGAGGAAGCUUCCUCCUAGCUGUAAAGAGGGUGAUAUAAUCAGAGAAGGGCAAGUCAUAGGGUUUGUGGAACAGUUUAGAGCUAAACUUCCCAUUAAGUCAGAUGUAGCUGGAGAAGUGUUAAAGAUACUUGUUGAGGAGGGAGAUCCCAUUGGUUAUGGAGAUCACAUUCUUGCCGUCUUGCCAUCGUUUCAUGACAUUAAGUGAUCCAGCAUUUUCCUGCUAUUGAAGAUUUAAUUAUGCGGCAUUUAUAUUGGCAUAUUGGUAAACGUUUUGAAUAGAUUGAGAAAUAAUUGUUUGUGCUUACAUAUUAGGGGAAGGGGUUCCCUUAUUGAAGAUCAUACACCGUAUACCAUUUUCUCAAAAUUGCAUGUUUAUUAGCUAAUUCCUAGAUCACCUUAUUAUGUCUUAGUGAAUGUACACUAACUAUGAACCGAUCCUAGUGGCUGGAGUGUGAUUGCUUGGUUGAUUUAUUUAUUUUUCUCUAAAAAAGAGUUGUAGAACUUGUUUUGAGAUAUACUCGGAACAUAAUGGAUAAAUUAUGCAUUACUAUGUA